AACUUCCCCUUCAUCUGCUCCACUCUCCUUCACCUUUUUCUCAAUUUCUUAAAACCCCUUUUGCUACCAAGUUAAAUCAUAGCUAAGUACCAAUAUAUCUAAAAGCUAGCUAGUGUACACUAGUAGUGAAAUGGCAACGGAGGAAUUAGAGGAACUUAAAAAUUCAUGGACUUAUCAUGAUGAGUUGAUAAAAGAACUUCUUGAUAAUGAAUCACCAUUCUUUUUAGCACCUCAAGAUUCAAAUUCAACCAGUUGCCCCUCUUCAACCGACAACUCAGUAGUAACAAAGAGCUUCAUUUCUGCAGUUUCCUCAGGGCCAAACAUGGAUGAUAUAGAGAGUCGUUUGUCAGUGACAAGCUAUGGAAAUCCAUCUCAUGAUGUUUCAUAUGUCAGAACCUUUGGGUUGGAGAGAGGAUUGAACUUGAUGAUGAGUAAGCAGGAGACUAAUGAGACUAAAUAUACUUUGAGAAUAAAGACUUGUGGUAAUGCAAUGGCUGAUGAUGGUUAUAAGUGGAGAAAAUACGGCCAGAAAUCCAUUAAGAAUAGCCCAUAUCCCAGGAGCUACUACAAAUGCACAAAUCCAAGGUGUGGGGCGAAAAAGCAAGUGGAGCGGUCCAGCGAUGAACCGGACACUUUGGUAAUCACUUACGAAGGCUUUCACCUCCAUUUCGCUUACCCAUUUCUCACGCUCGAUCCAACUCAAUUUCUUGAGCAGCCCAAUAAAAAGCCCAAAUUGACCAAUUCAAAAGCCCAUAACGAAGAAUCUGAAAAUGCAAGCGAAGUUGAUGAAAGCCCAAAAUGUGUUAAUCUAAGCCCAGUUAUAGACUUUGAACAGAAAUUGGGCUUUGGUGGAAUGGGCUCACAAGGAUUACUUGAAGAUAUGGUUCCAUUAAUGGUUAGAAAUCCAUCUAUGAAGCCCACAAGCUCUUAUUCUUCAUCGUGCUCAUAUUCGUCUCCACCAACUUCGCCUUCAUUUUCUUGGUCAAAUAAUUAGUUAUUUUAGCAAAUAUUGUAUGUAUAAUAGACUAUAUAUUGUUGUAGGAAAAUUAUUAUAAGGGGAUUUUAGCAAAAUAAAUUGUGGGUCAAACGUUGUAAAGUUUGUUAGAUCUGUAACAAGGAAGAGCAAAAAACGCAUUUUGAUGAAAUGAAAAUCUUCCCUAGUGGAAAAUGAUCAUAUUUUUGUUUCAUAAAGGAAAACUU